AUGGGGCUCUGCCAUGGAAAACCCUCGGCGCCCCAGAGCCAGAGCUCCGCUUCCUCCACUCCAGCUCCCGAGGAAGAGAAGGCGGAGGGGGUGGAGGAGAGGGAGAAGGAGGAGGCAUCCGCGGUGCCGGCGGCAGAGGAGAAGAGUAGCAAGCCGUGGAUGUCUCCUUUCUUCCCGUUCUACAGUCCCAUUCCCAGCCCCGCCCAUAGUCUUUUUUCUAAGAAGUCGCCUGCCGCCGCCGCCGCCAGCGGCGGCGGGGGGUCGGCGACAGCGACACCGAAGAGAUUCUUCCGGCGUCCAUUCCCGCCGCCGUCGCCGGCGAAGCACAUUAGGGCGGUGCUGGCACGGCGACACGGGUCGGUGAAGCCGAACGAGGCCGUCAUCCCGGAGGAGGAGGGGGAGGGGGGGCGGUCGGUGGCGGGCCUGGAUAAGAACUUCAGGUUCGAGAAGGGGUUCGCGAGCAAGUACGAACUUGGGGAGGAGGUCGGGCGGGGGCAUUUUGGAUAUACGUGCUGUGCCCGGUCCAAGAAGGGGGAGCAUAAGGGCCAGCGGGUGGCCGUUAAGGUUAUCCCCAAGGCUAAG